AUGGCCCUUCAAGUCAUUGCCUUGACUGCCAUUGCAGCUGUCUAUCUGGUGGUUCGAUACUUCAACCGUACGGAUAUCCCAAAGAUCGACGGACUCCCUGAGAUACCCGGGGUACCAAUAUUUGGAAACCUGCUCCAGCUCGGAAGCAGCCAUGCUAAAGUAGCUCAAGGUUGGGUAAAGCAGUAUGGACCAGUCUUUCAAGUUCGGAUGGGCAAUCGUAGAAUCGUCUUCGCGAAUACGUUUGAGUCGGUAAAACAUAUCUGGAUCACGAAUCAAUCGGCUCUGAUAUCACGACCCACCCUGCACACCUUCCACAAGAUAGUGUCGAGCAGUCAAGGAUACACUAUCGGCACAUCUCCCUGGGAUGAAUCGUGCAAGCAGAGGCGGAAGGCCGCAGCCACAGCUCUCAACCGCCCUGCCGUGCAAUCCUACAUGCCAAUCAUCGACCUCGAGUCCAACGUCAGCAUCAAAGAACUGCUCGAAGACAGCAAAUACGGCCAAAUAGACGUCGAUCCAAUCCCAUACUUCCAGCGCUACGCCCUCAACACCUCCCUAUCACUCAACUAUGGCAUUCGUAUCGACGGCGACAAAGACGACGAACUCCUACGAGAAAUCUGCGAUGUAGAGCGCGCAGUGUCGAACUUUAGAAGCACGAGCAAUAACUGGCAAGACUACAUCCCCCUUCUAAGGCUAUGGCCCAGCCGCAACAACGAGGCAGCUGAGUACCGCGUCCGCCGCGACGUCUACCUCACCAAGCUCCUCGACAUGCUGAAAUCGCAAGUCGCCAAUGGAACAGACAAACCCUGCAUCACCGGCAAUGUCCUCAAAGACCCCGAAGCCAAACUUAACGAAGCCGAAAUAAAGUCAAUCUGCCUGACCAUGGUCUCCGCCGGCCUCGACACCGUCCCGGGGAAUCUCAUCAUGCUCAUCGCCCUCCUCUCCUCCCCCUCGUACGCCCACAUCCAACGCACCGCCUACACUGCCAUCCGCACCGCCUACCCCUCCACCUCCGCCUGGCACGCCUGCCUCGCCGAAGAAAAAAUCCCCUACAUCUCCGCCCUCGUCAAAGAAACCCUCCGCUACUGGACCGUCAUCCCCAUCUGCCUGCCGCGCGUCUCCGUCAAGCCCAUCGUCUACAACACCACCACCAUCCCCGCCGGCACGACCUUCUACAUGAACGCCUACGCCGCCGACUACGACGCCACCCACUUCAAAGACCCCGAGACGUUCCUCCCGGAGCGCUAUCUCGACGUCGGCGAGGGCGGCACGCCGCACUACGGCUACGGCGCGGGCAGCCGAAUGUGCGCGGGAAGUCAUCUCGCGAACCGCGAGUUGUAUGUGGCGUUUGUGCGGCUGAUCUCCGCGUUUGAGUUUGUGAGUCCGGCGGAGGAGAGGGAUAUGCCGGUGCUGGAUUGCCUGCAGGCGAAUGCGAUUCCAACGAGUUUGACGAUGGAGCCGCGGAAGUUCAAGGUCGGGAUCCGGGUGAGGGAUAGGGAUGUGUUGGAGCGGUGGAUGGGGGAGAGUGAGGAGGCGACGAAGGGGUUGCUGUGA